AUGAGCAAUUCUCGUAGUAAGAAACGCCGCGUAACGCCCGUAGAAGAAACUAAUGCCUCACCUACGCCUUCGAGUUCUUCUUCUCAAACUUCCUCCGUUCCCAAUGUUACUACGCGAGCAGCUGCGCGAGCAGCUGCUACGCGAACCACUAUUAACAAUGACAGUUCAACUUCUAAUGAUAAAGGGAAAAAGAGAGCCGAAGAAGUUAUCAACACUGGUAGUUCAACUUCUAAUGAUAAAGGAAAAAGGAAAGCCGAAGAAGUUAUCAACAAUGGUAGUUCAACUUCGAAUGAUAAAGGAAAAAGGAAAGCCGAAGAAGUUAUCAACAAUGGUAGUUCAAGUUCUAAUGAUAAAGGGAAAAGGAAAGCCGAAGAAAUUAUCAACACCGGUAGUUCAACUUCUAAUAAUAAAGGGAAAGGAAGAGCCGAAGAAGUUAUCAACACGGGUAGUUCACCUUCUAAUAAUAAAGGGAAAGGAAGAGCCGAAGAAGUUAUCAACACUGGUAGUUCAACUUCUAAUGAUAAAGGGAAAGGGAGAGCCGAAGAAGUUAUCAACAAUGAUAGUUCAACUUCUAAUAGCAAUGGGAAUGAACCUGAUAACGGUGAAAGUUCAACUUCUAAUAAAAAGGAAAGACGAAAGGCACGUUGUCGUACCGUCUGUUCUAAAAGAACCAAAGAUCGUAUUAACCGUGCCACUUCACAGCGUAUGUACUUGAUCGAAAGAAAAGAUGUCGAUCAGACAAAGAAGCAAUUUACAGUUAUGGGAUCAACUGGCAACAUGUUUGUGUAUCUUAAAGUCUUACGCGUUCCCUCAACUAGCAAACUUAUUUUUCAAAGAGCACUCUUAAGUAAAGAAAUUAGAUCGAUAUUCUCCAAAUCGCCUGAUCUCGCAACUCUGGCAAACUAUAGAGUUCGUUCAUUUUAUAAUUCGAUUGCUAAAGUAACUGAUAACGUAAAACGUCGUCCUAUUGAUGGAGAUUGCCCAAUAUGUUAUGAACCUUUGAAACCAGAGGAAGUGGAUACGAUCGUCUGGUGUCGAGGUGGUUGUGGAAAUAAUAUUCAUAAAGACUGUUUUACUCAAUGGAAGAAUACGAGAAAUAUUGGAAUUGGAUACGGAAGAGUUACUUGCGUUUUCUGUCGUAAGGACUGGAAAGAAAAUUUAUCUGAAAGAUUCACGAAAGACGGAUUCCUUAAUCUUGGAUCACUUCAAAAUGGCGUAAGCAGGAUUACUGAAGCACUUCGUCUCCUUA